ACCCGGUUCUCUGACCAGGAAACUUGACAUUUUAUCUGCAGUCACUUCCCGCACUGUGUGUCUUAUUUGCCGGGUGUGUGUGUCUGUGUGUGUUUGUGUGUGUGUGCACGUCUGAGGCCAAUGACCGCUGCCAGUCUGACUCUGGGAUUAUUAAAAUGAGUUUUUAUUUCAUGGAGCGUGGACCAUGAGUGAGGAGAAGGGAUAUUCCUACACUGUUUCCUGACUUUUAUUCCCUGACUCGGAAUGAGCUGCUGUGAUUGACGAACCGCGCCAUGGAGAUCCAGAAUAGUUUUUCUGCGUGUUGGCAGAGGUUUCUGGCGUGUUUUAAAAAGCCGGGUCAACCUGCAGGUGAGACCAGCUUCAGAGGGAAGAAAACCGACACGGUGAUUGAAAACCCGAUCGCUGAAAACACAGAAGUGGACUCUGCUAUUAAGAGACCUUUACCGCGGACGCCGGUGCAACCCGUGGACUAUUACAUCGCCCUGUAUGAUUACUCCGCCCGCACCGAGGAGGACCUGAGCUUCAACGCCGGGGACACUUUGGAGGCUCUGGACAAGAGUGCUGGGGAUUGGUGGUUCGCCAAAGCCCUCAGCGGGGUCUCAGCCUCCAAACAAGGAUACAUCCCCGCCAACUAUGUUGCACCUGUGGAGAGUAUUGAUGCAGAACCAUGGUAUUUUCCGGAGACCAAAAGGCAGGAUGCGGAGAAGAUGUUGCUGGCUGAAGGGAACGAACAUGGAGCCUUCCUCGUCAGAAACUGUGAAAGUCAGAAAGGAGAGCUCUCCCUCUCGGUGCUGGACAGUGGGAGGGUGAAGCAUUACAAGCUGAAAAAACUGGACAACGGUCACUACUUUGUGUCCAGGUCGAGAUCCUUUCUGACACUGAGGGAGUUAGUGGAGCAUUACUCCAAACAGGCUGACGGCCUGUGUGUGCGUCUGGGUGAACCAUGCAAAAAGAGCGAGGCCCCACAGACUCACGGUCUGUCCUACAACACUGUGGACCAAUGGGAGAUUGACCGCAACUCCAUCAAACUGCUGAGGAAGCUGGGAGCCGGUCAGUUUGGCGAAGUGUUCGAGGGCCUGUGGAACGAAACCACAGCAGUCGCAGUGAAGACCCUCAAACCCGGUACCAUGGAUCCUGAGGACUUCCUGAGAGAGGCUCAGAUGAUGAAGAGGCUGCGGCACGCCAAGCUCAUCCAGCUGUACGCCGUCUGCACCAUGGAGGACCCCAUCUACAUCAUCACAGAGCUGAUGAAGAACGGCAGCCUACUGGAGUACCUCCAGAAGGACAAGGGGGCCACGCUGCGUUUCUCUGACCAGAUUGAAAUGGCCGCCCAGGUGGCGUCAGGCAUGGCCUUCCUGGAGCUGCAGAACUACAUCCACAGAGACCUGGCAGCCAGGAACGUCCUGGUGGGCGAGAACAACAUCUGCAAGGUUGCUGACUUUGGCCUCGCCAGAGUCUUCAUGAAAGAGAAUGAGAAUGUGUACGAAGCCAAAGAAGGAUCAAAGUUUCCCGUGAAGUGGACCGCUCCAGAGGCCAUCCACGACAACAAGUUCACUAUAAAAUCUGAUGUUUGGUCCUUUGGGAUUUUGCUGUAUGAGAUCAUGACAUAUGGUCAGAUGCCUUACCCAGCCAUGACCAACUACCAGGUGGUCCAGAGGGUCCCCCAGGGCUACAGGAUGCAGUGCCCCCCCAACUGCCCCAAAGUCAUGUAUGACAUCAUGAUGGACUGCUGGAAGGGGAACGAACAGGACCGGCCCACGUUCGAGACCCUGCAGUGGAAGCUGGAGGACUUCUUCGACCUGGACGUGACCUCGUAUGACGACGCCAGCCGUUAUUAGCAACACUCCAAAAAAACAAAAACAAACAAAAAAAAAAACACACUCUGAAUCAAAAUCAAACUCACUUCAAUACAAACACGAACUAAGCUGAUAUUUUUUUAAUGAAGCAGGAGAUUCAAAUGUAAUUUUAAAAAAAUCCACUCAGCCAAAUGAAGGAUCUAAAAUGUUUUGACAUGCACAUGGUAGAAAACUGUGACUGUGACUGACACACAGCUGUUUGCGACACUCCUGGUGUCUCUUCGCUUGACAACUGAAUGCACUUUCCAGACAGGCUGUACAUGUGUUCAGCCUAACGCUUCAAAAGAAAAAAAAAAAACUCACUCGACUGGAAGAGGCGUCUUUUCAGCGCAGAUGAAAAGCUGCUGUGUCCAUCCUGAGGAACCGGUUCUUCUCGCACUCGAGCGUAGGGCACAUUGUUUCCACUGCCGAGCUUUCACCGGAGGAUCUGAGUAAUGUUCGCCCACUGGCUCAGUCUGCAGAGUGAGUGGAAAGACUGAGCUCAUUCCUGAUCGCAUACGUACUGUAACUAUCUGAGGAGAUCUUACCGUCUUUAGCCCCAACAGAUUAUCUCCUCAUUUACAAACUGCUACUCUUUUUCUUACAUAAAACAUGACAUCACUCGAGAGUCGGGUCCACGCCAUUCGAGCUUUUCUCUUCAGGCCACCGUAGCAGGUGCUACAACAGAGAUGAAAACAAAAGAACAUGGUCAGGUUUGUACGGAGUCCCACAGGUGUCAAAUUUACAUUAAAUGAUAUUAACAUUUUGCCAAUUAUUUGAAGCUGAAUAUAUUGUUUGUUUUUGUUUUUUGUUUUUUUUGUCUGAGCAACAUUGGCAUUCAUCUUGAGUAGAGUUUGUGUCCUUUUAGCUUUUGUUUUGGUCUCUACUCUCCCCUGAGGAAAACGAUCUGACUCUUUAGCUGCUAAACGUUCCACUUUAUUCGCCAGCGAGUCAUUAGCUGUUUGUGCCGUUUGGUGCUGGACAGGUGGUGUAUUCUUGUUUUAGAAAAACCUGCACAUUGUGGCUGGAAAGGAAGAGACCAAUGAGUAAAUCAAAAAGUUUCAGGCCAUAAAAUCAAGAAAAUUUGCUAAAAGUUGUUGGUUUUUUUGUUUGUUUUUUCCAUUUUUAAUAUGAAAUAUUGAUUUGAGGAAUAUCAAAGAUGACUUUAAAAAUCCAAAAUACACCCAUUUAAUUCCAUCCAAAAAAUCCCCCCAAUUUUUUUUUUUUAUGGUUUGAGAACUUUAACUUUCACAAGAAGACUCAAAUAUAAAGUGUAGCAGCCGGAGCUGAAGUUGUAGGUUGUCGUGUUUUCUCCGGUCAGGGUUGGGGAGCAGCACUCGAAGUCUUGCUGUCGGUUAGCUGCACGUUUACCACUGUGUAGCCUAAUGCUAAUGUACUGCAAAAAUAAACAGGGAAAGUUGCACAAUCUAAUCUAGUUCUGAUUUUGGAUGGAGAUACGAGGAUGUGCUUCAGAUUUUACCCGUUAAACGUUGUUGUAUUAUGUUUGACAUCCUGUAUGUUGAUGGUUGUUUAACACUGUGCUCUGUUAAAUUGUCGCACAAGUUAUUUUGAGUGUAUUUCUUCUUGAUACUGACAGGGCCACAUGGUUUUAUUGGCUUACCAAGAGUUGCUUGCAGCCCUGAACAAUGUGACUUUCCUCAGUAACUACCACACGGCACAUUUAAUCAGACGCUCGGACACGUUUACCGAAGAUGUCAAAUCAGCUGGAUUAUCUCUCUUCCUCUGAUGUUUUUAGUAUCUUGAACAAGCUCCUGUUAAUUGUACAUUAUAACCAUGCCAGUGUUUAUAGGUAAUCAUACUGUAUUUUAUUGUAAUUAUCCUUUUAUUCGUAAGAUAAUUAAAUGAAUUAUAUUUAGUA